ACCAGAUGUCUCUUUUAGUGUCAAUAAAGUCUGCCAAUUCAUGCAUUCUCCAUUAGACAAACACUUGAAAGCAGUGAAGAAAAUCCUUAGAUACCUUGCAGGGACAAAAGACUAUGGUUUGAAAAUAGAUAAAUGCAUGGAUUUCAAGAUCACAGGCUUUUCAGAUGUUGACUGGGGAUCAGAUAUGGAUGACAGAAGAUCAACUAGUGGAAUGUGUGUUUACAUGAGAGAUAACCUUGUAUCUUGGAGCUUCAAGAAGCAGGCAGUAGUUUCCACAUCAACUACUGAAGCAGAAUACAGAAGUGCAACUCAGGUUGUGUGUGAAAUCAUGUGGAUUCAUUCACUUCUUAACGAUUUGAAGGUGAGUUUUCAGAAACCAAGUGUAGUGUGGGUGGACAACAGAGAUGCAGUGUGUUUGGCUGGGAAUCCU